GCCGGCAGGCAGGCCCGACAGGCAGCAAAGGAGGGACAAACACUCACAGCCCGGCAGCGACUCAUGGGCCCUCUGCCUUUGUUCUCUCUUCCAGGCUCCCGGGAGCAGCACCAGGGCCAGAGAGACAAUGGUCUCAGUGACUAUGGCCACUUCCGAGUGGAUCCAGUUCUUUAAGGAAGCCGGCAUUCCUCCGGGGCCUGCUGUCAAUUACGCCGUGAUGUUUGUGGAUAAUAGGAUCCAGAAGAGCAUGCUGCUGGAUCUCAACAAAGAGAUCAUGAAUGAGCUGGGCGUGACUGUGGUGGGCGACAUCAUUGCCAUCCUCAAGCAUGCCAAGGUGGUGCACCGCCAGGACAUGUGCAAGGCUGCCACUGAGUCAGUGCCCUGCAACCCCAGCCCCAUCCCAGGCGAGAUCCGCCGCGGUGCCUCCAGCGCCCUGGCCCGCCGGGAGGAGGAGAGCCUGGCUGUCCCCACCAAGCGGCGCCGGGUCACAGCCGAGAUGGAGGGGAAGUACAUUAUCAACAUGCCCAAAGGCACCACCCCCCGGACCCGCAAGAUUCUGGAGCAGCAACAGGCGGCCAAAGGUCUCCAGAGGACAUCUGUGUUUGACCGCCUCGGCGCCGAGACCAAGGCAGACACGACGACGGGGAAUAAACCCACAGGAGUUUUCAGCCGCCUGGGGGCCACCCCAGAGAUGGACGAGGAUCUGGCUUGGGACAGCGACAAUGACAGCAGCAGCUCUGUCCUGCAGUAUGCCGGGGUUCUGAAGAAGCUGGGCCGGGGCCCAGCCAAGCCCAGUCCCCAGCCGGCACUGACUGUCAAAGCCAAGGCCACAAGCUCGGCCGCGACGGCUGCCACCCCGACACUGCGACGCCUGGCCCUUUCCUCACGCCCAGGGCUUGAGAGGAAGCCAGAGUCCCUGUCCAAAGUCAGCAUCAUCCAGAGACUGGGCAAGGCUGCCCUUGUGCCCGAGGCCCAGGACAGCCAGGUCACGAGCACCAAGAGUAAGUCCUUGGCCGAGGUCAAGGUCACCAUUAAGAGGACUCUGGUGGGGCCCCGGGGGAGCAGCUCCAGCGAGAGCCUGGGUGCCCAGAUGGACCAUGCGGGCACAGUGAGCGUGUUCAAAAGACUGGGCCGCAGGACCUUCUAGCCUCUGGGCGGGGCGCGGGCCCCUCUCCAGGUUCCUGGCUCUGGCAGAGGCUCCCGUGAGGCCAUGCCCAGUCCUCUGCUGGCUCCUGGAUGACACUGCUUGUCUCCCUCAGGCAUUCGAGCCGGCCCAAGCUUUCUGGGGCUCACCCCAGUGUUCUGAGUCCGACAUGGUCGCUGUGGCCUGGCCUUGCUGCUCUAGGACUUUCCUUUCUCACGUCCUUUGUUCUCUCCUCUUGGACUGUGGCCUUUGGCAGGACCCACUUUUCUACCUCUCCCAGAGCCAAGUGCUCUUUUCCCUCCUCCGUUCCCCCUCCUGCCCCUCGGCAACAUCUGCUGCCUCCACCCCAGCUCCCCGGCCUCCCCAGUUCCCCCCAGAGUCCCCCCACCUUACCGAUGUCCCGACUUCCCCUUGCCCCUCUGCCCCUUCCCCCUUUCCCC